AGUCAUUUUUAAAAAAACGCUCACAUUGUUUACAUUUCUGAAUAGGUGGCUGGAACGUUAAAUAAUUUAAAAAAAAUUCUCACGAUGCUUUUGUCAAAUUUAUCGUAGAUCGCAUUUUUAUUUUUGUUUUGCCUGUACGGAUUGACUUUGUAAAUGCGUUCGCUAUCAAUGUAAAGUCAACAAAAUUUGAUACGACGCUAACCCUUUUUGGUGUAAAAUGUACUGUAUAUAGUUAAAGGAUCUUCGUAGUUGCGGAAUAUGACGAGCUUUUUCGACCAUCCGUAUUAUAAAUGGAAUAAAGUAUCUUUGAUGAGCAUCGGCACUUGGCCGGAACAAUCGCUCUUUGUGACGUGUUUCAUGUCAACUUUUGUAUGUGCCAAUCUGUUGAGCAUGUUCAUACCUGAGGGACUAUAUCUGAAGAAUAAGUGGCCAGAUACGGAUGCCUUUCUCGACUGGUUAGCGCCAUUUUGCAUUCUAACGAUGGCAGUCAUACAAUUAUUAAAUGGCAGUUUCCAACGUAAAAAGUUUAGUACGAUUCUGAAGCAUAUAUCUUCGGACUGGAAGCGUUUUGGUGAUUCACCCAACGCAGAAAUACUUCAUAAGUAUGCUGCUCGCGGACGCUGGAUUACAAAAGCAUAUAUCAGUUGGAUGUAUUCCGCGUGUACGUGUUAUCUUAUGAUGCCCUUUUUGACACCAAAGAUCGUUGAAUUUUUUGUUCCUUCAAACGAAUCGGAGGGGAAAAUUUACCUUUUCAACUCUUAUUAUGGUGUAAACUCUGAUGAUUAUUACUUUUUCAUAUUCGGCCACAUGUUUUGGGGGUCAUGGGUGCCGAUUAUAGUAAUGAUAUCGAGUGACGCAAUGUUCUUCGUAUUCGUGGAACAUGCUUGUGCUCUCUUUAAAAUUGUCGAGACUAAUUUGAAAUCGACAUGCAACCAUUAUGAUGCCACUGAGCGAUGUGGAAAUAGCAGUAGCUUUCAGAUAAUUUGUCACUGCAUAGACCUUCACCAAAACGCAAUAAUUUUUACUAGCCUCAUCGAUUCUGCUUACAAUCUCUCUCUGUUAGGGGUGUUAGGGGCCUCCCUACUAGCGUUGAGCGUCACAGGACUACAGGUAUUGAUGCAUCUCCACGACCCUGGACAGCUUAUUAGAUUUGGAAGUUUCUCACUCGCUCAGAUAUUUCAUUUGUAUUUAAAUAGUGUACCUGGUCAAAAAAUAAUGGAUCACAGCACAUCAAUUUUCGAUUAUGCAUACUCAGUGAAUUGGUAUGCACUAACACCAAGAGCGCGAAAGUUAUUAAUUUUAAUUAUGGUUAGAAGUCUGAGACCAUGUCAAAUCAGCGCCGGAAAAAUCUACUUGCUUACAAUGGAAAACUAUAGCGCGAUGAUGCAAACGUCCAUGUCAUUCUUCACUGUCCUCUCUUCAAUGCGUUAGUUUCUUGCUCUUGUGUGAAAAAAUAAAUGUUUUAUUAACUUAUGUCCACGUAAUUGGCAUGUUCAAAUUGUACCGUUAUGUUGUAUUCAUCCAUACACACUGAAAACUGUCACAAUGUUAUUUUGUCAAUUUAUCAAAUAAUUUGCAGAUUUUGUAAACAUGAUAACAUCUUAGUUUUGCAAUACGUUACUUCACU